AUGUAUGUGAAAUCGGUUUGAUACAGUAAUGUUUUACUAUGUGAUUUUAGUGAAUGUCACUUUUUGUCAUUUUCAAAUUUCCCGCCAGUUCCGUCCCCUGUACGUCCCAACGUCGCAGGGAACGGAACCCAGAAGACAGAUGCCGGCAUCCGCCGGAGGACAUUACAGGGGACACUGCAGAAGGGACAUCGCGGGAGCGCAGGACGCAAGGACAAGGUAAGAGAAGAACAGAUCCCGGAGCAGCGCCGCAUGGUAAGCCCGAGUGUAGCUCGGGGUUACCACUUGUGCUACACUCGGGAAUACCACCAGGGAGGCUA